AGAAAAAAAGAAAAUAGAGAGGAAUUUCACUUGUCUUCAUCUGUGUGUUUUUGGGUGAAUUAUUGAGAAAUGGUUGAUGUAGCUGAUAAAUUAGCAUGUUUUCAAGCAAUCACGGGGCUCGAAGAUCCCGAUUUGUGUACGGAAAUCCUGCAGGCCCAUGGUUGGGACCUUGAACUCGCCAUCUCUUCCUUCACCUCUUCCACCCAACCCUCCGCUUCCACCACAACCUCCGACUCUCACCCUCGCGAUUCACGGACCCGGACCGAAUUCGGCUCCGCCUCCGGUGUUGUUAUCGCUCCCCAACCAGGUUUAGCAUGGAAACUCAUUACGUUACCCAUUUCCGUGAUAUCCGGAAGUCUAGGGUUGAUCUCUGGCGCUGUUGGACUCGGUCUAUGGGUCGCGGGCGGAGUUCUUUCGUAUUCCCUUGGGAUGAUCGGGCUAAGUUCUGGGCAGGGCGGAGAAUCAUCGGCGAGGUUGGUCUCCGUCUCGUCCGCGGCUUCUGAAGCGAUGGACUUCCUGGCGGCGUUUGAGAGGGAGUACGGGACGAGGGGGCCGAAUUUUGUCGGCGAGGGUUUUAUGGACGCUUUACAGAGGUCGAGGAGCGCGUUUAAACUGUUGUUUGUGUACUUGCACUCGCCGGACCACCCGGAUUCGCCUGAUUUCUGCCGAAGGACGCUGUGUUCCGAGACUUUGGCGGCCUUUGUGAAUGAGAAUUUUGUGGCGUGGGGCGGGAGCAUUAGGUCUAGUGAAGGUUUUAAGAUGAGUAAUAGUUUGAAAGCAUCCAGGUUCCCAUUUUGUGCUGUUUUUAUGCCCGCUACGAAUCAGAGGAUCGCCCUUCUUCAACAGGUUGAGGGACCUAAAUCUCCUGAAGAAAUGCUCACAAUACUACAGAGAUUGCUUGAAGAAAGUGCUCCUGUUCUUGUUGCUGCCAGACUGGAUGCUGAAGAGAGAAGAAACAACGUGAGAUUAAGGGAGGAGCAAGAUGCCGCUUAUAGAGCAGCUCUUGAAGCCGACCAGGCUAGGGAACGCCAAAGGAGAGAGGAGCAAGAACGUCAGGAAAGGGAAGCCGCGGAAGCUGAGAGGAAACGCAAGGAAGAAGAAGAGGCUCGUGAAAGAGCAGCACGUGAAGCUGCUGAAAAGGAGGCUGCCCGAGAUAGAAUGCGGCAGGAGAAAGCUAUGUCACUUGGUGAUGAACCUGAGAAAGGACUUAAUGUUACACAGGUUUUGGUACGCUUUCCAAAUGGAGAGCGCAAAGAAAGGAGGUUUCCAAGUACGGCACUUAUCCAAUCCCUUUAUGAUUAUGUUGAUUCUUUGGGAUGCUUAGAAGUUGAGGAUUACAACCUCGUCUCCAACUUCCCUCGAGUAACAUAUGGUACGGAGAAGCUCUCGUUGACUUUGAAAGAGGCUGGAUUACAUCCUCAGGCAAGCCUUUUUGUGGAGCUAAACUAAUCUGGAGAAGAUAGUGUCAAGUUGUAUGAUGAAUUAUAGUUUCAAAGGUUCCUGUUGGUAGGACCCUGCAUGACUUUCUUAUGUUUCUUUCUCAGUUCAACAUAAUUAGCAAUGACAAAUUGAUA